GGGUCGCAAAUAGACCUGAUUGAGCCAGGUGCGUUCCGCGGUCUGGACAAACUAGAGUUCUUGAAGUUGGACUCGAAUCGAUUGACAACUUUGCCGAUAUCAGUGGUGACAGAUCUGCCGCCUCUUUACUCGUUUGAUUUGCAUAAGAAUCAGUGGAACUGUGAUUGCGAUCUGCGGUCGUCGCGGGAAUGGAUGCUCCGAAACAAUGUCCCGCAAUCCAUACCUCCCACGUGUCAGACACCCCAACGCGUGUCCGGACUCAUGUGGAACUCUCUCGACAUCGACGACUUUGCCUGCGCUCCCGAUAUCAUCAGUACUGCCACUGAAGUGACCAAAUAUGUCGGCGGAAACGCCACCCUUUCCUGUGUUGUCAAAGGACAGCCCCAACCGAAGAUCUUUUGGUAUGUUGACGACGGCUUCUAUAGGAACCUGUCAUCCCAUUUGGUGAGAGGGGAGAAAUUUUUCUUAUACGAGGAGAAGAGCGACGGAAUCGUGAACUCAAUGCUAACGAUCACCGGUUUAGAGGAAUCCGAUUCCCAAUCAUUCAUCUGUUCGGCGGAAAACAGAGCCGGAAUUGCGACCAAAAACUUUACCAUAACUGUAAUGGCGCUACCAUUUGGAGCGGUGGCCGGUUGGUCGAAGGUGGAGGUGGCCGGCGCUGUGGUGGGCAUACUCUCCUCAUUGGUGUUCAUCUUUGUGUUGGUCACCAUAUUUCUGAUCCGUUCGCGUCGAUCACACCAUCCGCCGGACGACAAGCCCUCUCCCAUAUCGGUGCUCAAGAAUCUGUCGCCCGGAGUGAAGUGCGAGUCAUCCGGUAUUAAGAGUCACGUGACUGUCAUCGGAAAGGAUGGCAAUGAGAAGAAGCCCGAAAAUGGCAACAAUAGCUCCGGUUAUGGCUCUGGAGGUAUGACUCCGGACUUAACGAAGACUGGUUUUGAUUUGAAUGGAUAUCACAAUAAUAUUUCCGGAAACGGUUACACUACUAACGAAAGUCAUUUCACGUCACAAAUGAUGCCAACAAUUGGUUAUCAAACCCAAAGCCAACUCUCGGUUGGGAACCAGAGUUUCACACAAUUGGCACCCGAUGUGAGCCAACAGUAUAACUAUAACUACGAGAACUAUCAGGAAGUAUACGACGCCGACGGCUACUGUACGGGACUGCCGGCCAGUGUAGCCGCGCAGGCAUUCCCGCCCUCUUAUCAUCACAACUACCAAAACCAUACGUUCGAAGACGAGGACCACAAUAGCCAACAGAUGGCUUACGACCCGCAGUCCUAUCCCAUACAAUACGCCGCCACUACUGCUACUAAUCAAUACGUACCUCAAGAAUCGCUGCCACAGCCGUCCCAUCCGACUGUCUCUCAACAACAGCCACAACAACAGUGGAAGAGGAGUCCAAUGCCUCAGGCGGUGGCUCCCGGUGUGCUUCAGCCAACUGUAGUCCGCUAUUCACCCGACGAGGGCUACGCCGAAGAGCCGGCGCCCUUUCACUUGGAGGGCACCGAAGUCUAGUGUAUUUCCUCAUUCAUAUAAGACUUAUAUAUUAAUAUAAUUAACAAAUUUUUAAAUUAUACUUAAAGAAAAAGUUACGUAAAGUUAUAUAAAUAUAGUAUAAAACGACAAACAAAUCAAAGAAUGUAUACAAACCACUGUUUAUAUAUGUUUUUAUACAAAUGCAAACAUGUUUUCCCCUCCUUUUAAGUUAGUAUUUUCAUUGACCAAUACAUUGAAUGUCCGCCAAAACGUGUGUAUGUGUGAGGAAUGUCUAUGUAAACCAUGUUUACCAUGAUAAGAUUUGUUGACAUAUUUUUGGAUAUUUAUUGAUAAAUAUUUUAUGAGACAAAUACCCGGUUGAAAGUCGCGGCCACUGACAGGACUGACAGAGAAAUUAUAUAUUAAAUGUAAAUUUAACGCUAUAUUAUUGUCAAACAAACAAACAAAACAUUUUUUUAUACACAAAACAUAAUUAACAUGUAAUUUGUUUGACUAUAAAAUUCA